CUCGACCUUGGUUGAAUGUUUCCCUCCUCUCUCCUCAUCCUCCGAUCCAAGUCAUUCGUUAUAUAAUAACUCGCGCUUUUAGUAAUUUACUACACGCACCCACACUCAUUCUUUAGUACGAUUUAAUAAUCAACAAAACCCACAAAAUCCAAAAUGCAGUACCGAUUCGUCGCCGCUCUCGCCCUUGUUGGCGCUGCCAACGCUGCCUACCAGGCCCAGCCUCUUCCCUCUACCACCGAGGUUGAGACUUACCCUGUCGUAACUCCCUCUUCCUCCAAGGUUGAGACUUACCCUGCCUCCAGCUCGGCUGUCUCUUCCACCAAGGCCGAGAGCUACCCUGCUCACUCCGCCUCCAGCUCGGCUGUCUACUCUGCCAGCUCUGCCAGCUCCGUCUACUCUGCCAGCUCUGCUUCAACCACCCAGUACACCACCUCUACCAUCUACAGCACCAAGGUCUCCACCAUCACCAGCUGCGCCCCUGAGGUGACCAACUGCCCUGCCAGCUCUGGCAAGCCUCACGUCACCACCGAGGUCAUCGAGGUCUCCACCACCGUCUGCCCCGUCACCGAGACCGAGACCGCCAAGACCUCCGCCACCAAGCCUGCUGAGACCUACCCUGCUGGCAGCGCUUCCACCGUCCCUGCUGUCGGCACCAGCUACCCUGCUGUCCCUGCCUCUUCUUCCAAGACUGAGGCUGUCUCCUCCAGCAAGCCUGCCACCAGCGCUCCUUACCCCACAACUGUUUCCACCAAGGUCCAGACCUACCCUGUCGGAACUGGCUCCGUUGGAUCCAGCACCCAGGCUGUUGGUACCACCUACACUCCCAGCAAGCCUUCCGCUACUGGAACUGGAUACUCCGCUGUUCCUACCGCCGGUGCCGCCUCUUUCGGCAUGUCCGCCGCUGCCGUCGUUGGUGCUGCCGCCGCUUUCUUCUUGUAAAUUUCCCCACCCGGGUGAUUUCAUGAAGAGCGACAAGGUGUUGUUGAGGAGGUAGAUGGGGAAGAGGGGUUGCGUCAAUGGAGAGGUUUGGUGAUAUACAUACUGCAUCUUCUGGUGUUGAUUAUAUUCGUCUAAACUAAUAAAUAAUUAUAAAAACCCAAA